AUGGACUUCUACAACACAAGCCUCAACUCCAUCCUGGAUACUCAUGCUCCUGUAAUAACCCGGACUGUCACAUUCACACGUUCCGCUCCUUGGUUCACCAAAGAGCUAAGGCAAAUGAAGAGGUCUGGCCGUGUCCUGGAGCGGGCAUAUAAAACAUCUGGCCUGACGGUGCAUAAAUUGGCCUACCGGGAACAUCGCAGAAAUUAUGCAACAGCCCUCUCCAAGGCCAGGUCCAAUUACUACUCCUCGCUCAUCAACAAUAACCCAGGUAAUUCCAGAAAACUCUUUUCCACAAUCAGCCAUAUUCUCAAACCACAGGUCUCCUCAUUCUACAACCACACAGAUAUAAACUGCAACCGGUUUCUGGACUUCUUCAUAUCAAAAAUAGACAGCAUCCGCUCUUCACUUUCACCUUCAAACAGCACCACUAUUGAUACCCCUGAGACAUCUCCCACACAACUCCUAUCACACUUCUCUCUGCCAACGCAGCAGGAGGUCGAGAACAUCAUCCGCAAAUCUAAAUCAUCCACCUGCUCUUUAGAUCCCCUCCCAUCCCCUCUGCUCAAAACUCACCAUCAAUCCAUUAGUCAUCUCAUAACCAAAAUAAUAGCCAGUUCGCUGGAAACGGGUACCGUCCCAUCUACCCUUAAAACUGCCCUCAUUAAACCCCUCCUAAAAAAAACCACCUUGGACCCUGAACCUCUGUCAAACUACAGACCCAUUUCAAACCUCCUAUUCAUCUCCAAACUCCUAGAAAAAGUUGUUUCCACCCAGCUCCACAACCACCUUAAAUGCAAUAAUCUGUAUGAAAAAUUCCAAUCUGGUUUUCGCCCCUCCCACAGCACAGAAACAGCUCUCAUCAGAGUCACCAGGGAUCUGCUGAUGGCCUCUGAUUCCGGUUUCACGUCCCUCCUCAUUCUUCUUGACCUGUCUGCUGCGUUUGACACAGUAGAUCACCACAUCCUCCUCCACCGCCUCCAGCAUUUCAUUGGUCUCUCUGGCACUGCCCUCCACUGGUUUCACUCCUACCUCACUGACAGGACCGAGUACGUGGCCCUGGGGGAGGCAAAAUCCAGACCUCACACUGUCACCUGUGGGGUCCCCCAGGGCUCCGUGCUCGGCCCUACCCUGUUCACCAUCUACAUGCUCCCCCUUAGUUGUGUCGUCGGCAGGCAUGGGGUCAACUUCCAUUGCUAUGCUGACGACACACAACUUUACAUUAAAAUGACUCCUCCCAGCUCCCCCGCCAACUCUGUCACCCGCCUCAGCUCCUGCCUGGAGGAUAUAAAGGCGUGGAUGAGUCAAAACUUCCUGCAGCUUAAUGCCUCAAAAACAGAGGCCAUCCAAACUGGUACUCCUCAUCAACUCCGUUCCUCUCCUCUCACCUCUGUUUCAUUCUGUGGUCAUACCAUUCCCCUCUCUCCCUCUGUUACAAGCCUUGGGGUCAAGCUUGACCCCCACCUCUCCUUUGACAAUCAUGUCACCUCCAUCUGCAAAACGUCCUUCUUUCACCUCCGUAAUAUCUCUAAACUCCGUCCCUCCCUAUCCCUCCCUGCUGCAGAGAAGCUCGUCCACGCCUUCGUCUCCUCCAGGCUGGAUUACUGCAACGCUCUCCUCGUCGGGAUCUCUGGCAGGAGCCUUCAGAAGCUCCAGUAUGUACAGAACAGCGCUGCCAGGGUCCUGAUGAGGGUGAGGAAACACCAGCACAUCACUCCCAUCCUUCACACUUUACACUGGCUGCCCAUUCACGCCCGUAUAGAGUACAAGAUUCUUCUGCACACCCAUCACUGUGUGCACGGUGCGGCCCCCAUGUAUCUCCCUGAACUGCUCACACCACACACCUCUUCCCGGACCCGGUCAGGCCAACAGCACCGUCUGGCCCCACCCAGGACACGGCUAAAAACAAUGGGCGACAGGGCCUUCGAAGCCGCAGCUCCCCGCGAGUGCAGAGGUGCAAAAGCUAGCUUAUUCCCCUGUCACAGGAUUGAUGAUUUUGUUGAUGGGGUUGCUAGUUCUCUGCGUAUUGCCUUAGACAACGCAGCUCCUUUGAAAAUGAAAACCGUUAAAAAUAGAAAGCUUGCUCCUUGGUUUAAUGCAGAGCUGCGUACUUUGAAGCAAAAUGCUAGGAAACUGGAGAGAAUAUAUCGCUCCACAGGCCUGCGAGAGUCCUUCCUAGUCUGGAAAAAUGGUUUACUGCUGUAUAAGAGGACCCUUUGUAAAGCAAGAGCAGCAUACUUCUCCUCAUUAAUAGAGGAGAAUAAGAAUAAUCCUAGAUUUCUUUUUAAUACAGUUGCCAAACUCACCCAGAGCCAUAGCUCUGUUGAACCGUCCAUUCCACCUGCUCUUAGCAGCAAUGAUUUUAUGGGAUUCUUUAUAAAUAAGAUUGAUCUUAUUAAAAAUAAGAUCAUAAGCACUCCUCUAUCCGCGAUUGUACCUGAGGUAGUCAUGGAAUCUGAACCGGGUUUAGACUGCUUUGAUCCAGUUGAACUCUCUGAAUUAGCAAAAUUAUUGUCUUCAUCUAAGCCUUCAACUUGUAUGUUAGAUCCAGUUCCAACCAGGUUAUUUAAGGAGGUAUUCCCUUUGAUCUCCUCCUCCAUUUUAGAUGUGAUUAAUCUAUCUCUGUUACAGGGAUAUGUACCUAAAGCUUUUAAGGUUGCUGUAAUUAAACCUCUGCUUAAGAAACCGUCUCUUGACCCAGAUGACUUGGUCAAUUAUAGACCUAUAUCCAAUCUUCCUUUCUUAUCCAAAAUUCUUGAGAAAGUAGUUGCCAAACAAGUUUGCGAUCACUUCCACCAUAAUGAACUUUUUGAAGAGUUUCAGUCUGGCUUUAGAGCUCAUCAUAGCACUGAAACAGCUCUGGUGAAAGUCACUAAUGAUAUUCUCAUGGCCUCAGAUAAUGGACUUGUAUCUGUGCUCGUCCUGUUGGAUCUUAGUGCUGCAUUUGAUACAGUUGACCAUAAUAUUCUUUUAGAAAGACUUGAAUAUUUUGUUGGAAUUAAAGGAACAGCACUAGACUGGUUUAAAUCUUAUCUAUCUGAUCGAAUUCAGUUUGUUCAUGUUAAUGAUAGAUCUUCAACACGCUCAAAGGUUACCUGUGGAGUACCACAGGGAUCAGUGCUAGGACCAAUUCUCUUUACUUUAUACAUGCUCCCAAUUGGUAGAAUUAUUAGACAGCAUGGGAUUAAUUUCCACUGUUAUGCUGAUGAUACCCAGCUAUAUCUGUCUAUAAAUCCAGAUGAAGCUAACCCAUUACAUAGAUUACAGGCAUGUCUUGAAGACAUAAAAACCUGGAUGACUCUUAACUUUCUGCUUCUGAAUGCAGACAAAACAGAAGUUAUAGUCUUUGGACCAGAGUCUCUGAAAAAGAAACUGAUUAGCCAGUCACUUCAUUUGGAUGGGAUUAAACUGAUUUCAGAUAAUAAAGUAAAAAAUCUUGGUGUUAUUUUUGAUCAGGACCUGUCAUUUAAAUCCCAUAUCAAAGAGGUUUCUAGAAUUUCCUUCUUUCAUCUGAGGAACAUUGCAAAAAUUAGAAAUAUCCUGUCCAGGGGUGAUGCUGAGAAACUAGUCCAUGCAUUUGUUACUUCAAGGCUGGACUAUUGUAAUUCUUUACUAUCAGGAAGUCCACAAACUGUAGUUAAAAGCCUUCAGCUGAUCCAAAAUGCUGCAGCCAGAGUUCUAAUGAAAAUUAAAAAGAGAGAUCAUAUCUCUCCUAUCCUGGCUUCUCUUCAUUGGCUUCCUGUUAAAUCAAGAAUAGAAUUUAAAAUCCUCCUUCUCACAUAUAAAGCCUUAAAUGGCCAAGCUCCAUCUUAUAUCAGAGAUCUGAUUGUUCCUUAUGUUCCUAACAGAGCACUUCGCUCUCAAUCUGCAGGUUUACUAGUGGUUCCUAGAAUUUCUAAAAGUAGAAUGGGAGGCAGAUCUUUUAGUUAUCAGGCUCCUCUCCUGUGGAACCAACUACCAGUUUUAGUCCGUGAGGCAGACACCCUGUCUACUUUUAAGGCUAGGCUUAAAACUUUCCUUUUUGAUAAAGCUUAUAGUUAG